AAAUUUAAUUAAUCCUAAUAUGAAAGCGAUUUAAAUGAUGGAGCUGUAUAAUAUGAUGAAUGUUAAAUAUUAUAAGAUAUUUUUAGGAUAAUAGACAUUUAUUGAUUGCUGAUUUAAGAAAGUUAGAAUUUUUUGAAGACAAGUAAAUAAGAGGAAGCUUUUGUAUUCAAAAUAAUGUUUAGUCAAUUGGAUCAUAUAUUGAGAAACAUGAUAUAAAUGCUAAGAAAAACGAAGAGAAAUAUCACACUUAGCCAAUCCGAAGAAUGGUUAUUGUUAAUGAUGAAUAUUAAAAAAUAGAAUAGGAUGCUUAAUUGAUUAAAGAGUUAAUAAAUAGUUUGAAUAUGAAUUAAUACAAAGUAUCUUAUUUGAAAAGCUCAGUUGAUACAUUUUUAGAUAAAUAUCCAUUUUAUAGAAUAUCAAAAACAAUUUUAUAAAAUUAUGAAAACUUAGAUAAUAAUGUAGAUUAAGAGAAAGUACUAUUUGCUUAUUCUUAAUUCCCUUAAUAACUUUAAGAGAACAAAUUAUUUUUAGGAAGUAAUUUGAAUGCAAAUAGUAAAAAGUAAUUGGAAGCUUUGUAAAUAAAGACAAUAAUAGAUUUUAAGAAUUAUGAGCCAAACGUUUAGAUAUCUGGAUGGAAAAAGGAACAAUAUAAUUAUAUAAAUUAUCCAAUAAGUGAGGGAGGAGAGCAAUUAAUAGAUUUUUGUCAAAUAACAGAUCUGAUUGAAUCAUAAAAUGGUGCUGUGUUAUUAUGUUGUCCAGUAAUUAUAAAAUAUAAUGAUAGGAUGGUUAUUAAAUUACAAGUGUAGUUGCAAUUGGAUAUUUAAUGACAUUGAAAAAAUAGAAUUUUAAUAUCUCAUCUUUAAGAGUAUUUUAGAUAAGAGGAAAUACAACAGUGAAUAAACAACUAUAUAGUCAAGUAUUAACUUAUGAUCCAAAGACAAUAAUUAAUACGAAUAAACAAUAACAAUUAUAAUAAGGAUGACCAUAAUUAAUUAAUUGAGC